UGUAGGAUGGCAGUGUCUCAGGACACUCCCGUGAUUGCAGAAUGCUAUAAACUUCACCACUUUAUCUUCUAAACUUUUUUUGAAGUGCCCAGGGGCCUCUGUUAAUUCUGGAAAAUGUACUUAUCGUAACUUAAAAGCAGGUUUUUCUUUCAAGUGUAAAAAAAAAAAAAAAAAAAAAAAAAAAAAAAAAAAACAAGAACAACUCGGCGUUGAUUGAAUUUGUCAUAACAGAACAGGGACCCGGAAGCAGAUGCAGCGUUGCUAUUUAUUAUUGGAUUCUCCUGUGUGUUUAUACUCAGCUGGAGUACACAGGCAGAGCAUACAUGAGAAGUUACUACAUCAGGAAUGGAAGAUGAGCAAAUCUCUGUAAAUGUUAUUGAGAAAGAAAUGCCGAGUAUUGACUCUAAAGAUUUGGACCUGGAGAAUUCCAGGAACUCAGAAGAAGAAUCUGUCGACAUUGGGAUAGAAAAUGCAGACUUUGUAAACAACGGCCAGCAAAUGAAAGUUAUACAACCCGAUGUUGUUCUGGACGUGCAGACACACAGGUUAGACAUUUGCGUUGAUCAGGAUGAACUGAGUGAUCAGGAAAUUGUAAGGAAACCGACAGCUGUUGACAUUUUAAAGAAAGGCUUCGGAACAUCAAAUCCUACAGCAAGUAAUACUAUUGAUAAUAUUAACAAGGACGAUCAGAAAGAAAGACGGGAUGUCUCUGUGGAUGUGAUUCUUAAAAGGGGAACAGACCAACAAGGAAACUGUACAGAAAGUGGAAUAAAAAGCGAACUUUGUAUUGAACAUGAUCACGAGAACGUAGAAAAAAAUGUCACACUGACUUCUGAUGAUGAAGUGAAAUUUACUUGCACAGAAUCUGAGACUGACUAUGUUACCUAUACGACGAGUACCAUUCAAUCAAAAGGCAACGAGGAAACCUUCCAGUCUAAGGGACAUGUUUACUGCACUGUGCACUGUAUGAAAAAUGACAAUUACAGGAGGUCGCCAUUAGACAGUUUAGGAGAACAACCCCGUGAGGAAGGCCAAAUAACAGCAUCAUCACCGGUGAUCAAUCACACACGUGUGGACUUGCAUCCGCAAACAGAGACAGAGCUGGAUCUUUAUUACAAUGAGCCUUUCAACAUAUCGAGUCUGAUUGAUUCCAAUUCUUUGGGGACCCUUUACUCUGGGGACUACAAUCCCUUUAUUGUGCUGACUUGUCGCGUUUGUCUGGAAGAUAAACAUAUCAAACCGCUUCAUUGUUGUAAGAAGGCAGUAUGUGAGGAGUGUCUGAAAAGGUACCUGAGCUCACAGGUGCAGCUUGGGCAGGUGGAUGUUAAGUGUCCGAUCCCAGAGUGCAGUGCGCACCUGGAGGAGAGCAUGGUGGUGGCUCACCUCCCUAAUGAGGAGGUGGUGAAGUACAAGUACUUCCUGGAGCUGAGCAGGGUGGGCUCCAGCACCAAGCCCUGUCCACAGUGCCAGCACUUCACCACCUUCAAGAAGAUAGGCAAUGUUGACAGCCCUAGCAAAGCUGAAAACAAGUACAAGAUCCUAUGUGAAGUGUGCCAACUUGUAUGGUGUUUUAAGUGUCACUCGCCUUGGCAUGAAGGUCUGAACUGUAGAGACUACAAGAAGGGAGACAAGUUGCUGCGCCACUGGGCCAGCGAAAUUGAACAUGGACAGAGGAAUGCCCAGAAAUGUCCCAGGUGCAAGAUCCAUAUCCAGAGGACGGAAGGCUGUGAUCACAUGACCUGUUCCCAGUGUAACACUAACUUCUGUUACCGUUGUGGAGAGAGAUACCGCCAACUUCGCUUCUUUGGUGACCAUACCUCAAACCUCAGUAUUUUCGGCUGUAAAUUCCGCUACCUCCCAGAGAAACCUCACCUGCGCAGAUUAGUGCGUGGUUCUGUGUGUGCAAGCAAAAUCCUUAUUGCUCCUCUUGUUCUAGUGCUGGUGCUGCUGUUUGGAACUGUAGCUCUUGUAAUAGGUUUAAUUGUCUUUCCUAUCUACUACCUUUGUAAAAGACACCGAAAAAGGACUCAUGGUAGCGGGAGAUGGUUCUGCUGAGGAAAACAGGCCUUCGAAGGACACAAUGUACUUGUUUAACAGAGAGCAAUAGUAUGUACCAAAUACCCACCCAACACCGUUGAAAUCAACUCUUGUCAGUUGUGGUCUCAAGAGUGCACUGCAGUGGAGUAUAGCACCACUUCUCCUUCUGUUUACUAGACAAAGGCCAUAUAUCUUUGUUAAAUUCAUUAUUUCACUGUGUGUACAUGGAUACAGCCAGUCCCUUCAAUUUCCACACCUCCCAAUAAACAGGUUUGUUUGGGUUUUUUUUUGACAAAUUCCCAGUCUUCCAUACUUGGAUACCAAGAAUGCACAACUCUGUGCUUUUACCACUCGUUCCAUUCAGAAAAUCUACUUCAACAAUUUUAAUACUGCUGAUGUUGGUGGUUACAAGAGGUUUGCGGGCCCCAGGGCUUUGCCCAAGGCGUGUAUUUUAUAUACAGUACAGGGUGGUUAUAUAUCAAAUAUUACUUAUUGACUAAACAGCAAUGAUGGAGAAAAGUAAUUGGUCACACAGCACGGAAAUCUGGUAGAUGUUGUCUCGUAAUGUUUGGGUGACAAUGGAAGUAUAGCAUGUGGCAUCUCCACCUACCAUAUUUCAGUGCCCUUUGACCAAGAGGUCACUACAUGCACUGUCUUCCUUUGAGUUCUUUGUCGGGUUCACUCAAUUCAAAUCUAUAUGAAACAGUAACAAAUAAAACUUUUAUUGUAUGAGUGAUGCUGAUAUUUAGCAAAGUUUUUUUUUUUUUAAAUUGUAUUUAUUCCUCCUCUUGAGACAAAUGCGAAACUGUUUGUUGUUGACUUUUACUUCAUGACAAGAUAGGAAUAUACACAAAUUGAAAGCUUAGAUGAGAAGGACUUGAUGACUGUGUACACUAGUCUUAGAAAGAGCUGUACGUUUUAAUUUGCAGUUUGGCUUCCUGACUUUAACACCUGCGUAGCAGAUACGUUCUUUAAAUUAUCUCCUACAUAGGCGGUAAUUUGCAUUAGGACGCUGCUGUAGGGAUGCACCGAUUUCGGAUACUUUUUUUCCCAAAUGAAUAAUACAAUUGCGAUUUAUCAGUGCAGCCAGAAACCUGAGAUAGAAUUACAGUCUUAUGUGCACAGUUUUGGUAUAUAUUAUGUCAUAACAUGGUGACGUAGCAGACAGAAAUUGUAGAACCGGCAGUGUUUCUUUUUAACGAUUUAAAGUGUUGAGAAUAACCUUGGAAAACUGAUUUAUUAGAAUUUUUAAACAACUCAUUUUAAACCUCAGUAUUUUAAUUUUUUUUACUUAUGUUUGUUGGGAGGAGCAGAGGGUGAUGUGCAGGAAAAUUAUAUGAAUUAUUACUACGAAUUGGAAUAGAAAAUUCACUUGACAUUUUUGGUGCCAAUGUACUGGUGUCAGAGUUUGUUUUUAAAAAUGAAGGUUAGCAGUUUUAUUAUCAAUCAUAUUAUACACAGGCACUCUCACACCAGCACCUAAUCUUAUUAUACAUGGUUCUUGCACCACCACCAUGUACAAUAAACACUGAAGUUUAUAGGAAAGGUAUCAUUCACAAUGUAUUAUUAUUAUUAUUAUUAUUAUUAUUAUUAUUAUUAUUAUUAUUAAAGUAAAACUCAAAUUACAGAUUAUGUUAUUUUAUUAAUAAUCGCCACCGAUUCUGAUCCGAUGAUCAGUGCAUCCCUAUACAUCCCAAAUUUGAUUUGCAUUAUAUGGCUGUACUAUAUGUAAGUCUGAGAGGAAAAUGCCAAUUAAAAAAAAAGAAAGUAAUUGGUGAAAGCUGCUGACAGACUGUGUUUUUUUUUUUAUUGUUUGUUUGUUUUUUUUUUUA